GCCGGCGGGAAGGCUGUCAGGAGCCCCGCUGCCCCGGCUCUGCGCCCCACGCGUCGGCCGGGUUCUGAGCACGCGUAUCCGGGUCUCGGCCUGGGCCGGAGUCUGCGAGGCUCUCCCGUCCGCCAGGCGGAGCUGCAGAGCGGCGUCCAGUAGUCGGCGGGCCCGCGGGGGAAACGCGCCCCGGCCGCCCCGCUAGGCUCAGCUCGAGAACAUGUUUGGCAUCUCGUUCCGGGACCCAUCCCUUCUCCUCGCCAUCACUGUCAUUGGGCUCACUGUGCUCCUGUUGGCUCUGAAGAACAUGAACUCAAAGAGAAGAACUCUUACCACCUUACAGAACCCUGAAACCAAAUACCCACUGCCCUUGAUUGAGAAAGAGCAAAUCAAUCACAACACCCGGAGGUUCCGCUUUGGACUGCCCUCGUCAGACCAUGUCUUAGGUCUCCCCGUAGGUAACUAUGUCCAUCUCUUGGCCAAAAUCAAUGAUGAUUUGGUGAUCAGGGCUUACACGCCAGUCUCCAGUGAUGAAGACCACGGCUUUGUGGACUUAAUUAUAAAGAUCUACUUCAAAAAUGUUCACCCCAAUUAUCCUGAAGGGGGUAAAAUGACUCAGUACCUGGAGAACAUGAAAAUAGGGGAGACCAUCCUUUUUCGAGGGCCAACUGGGCGCCUGUUCUAUUGUGGACCAGGGAAUCUUGCAGUCAGACCAGACAAAACAAGUGAGCCUGAAAAAAAACUGGUCCAUUACCUGGGGAUGAUUGCUGGGGGCACAGGGAUUACACCCAUGCUGCAGCUCAUACGCCACAUCACCAAGAACCCCAAUGACAAGACCAGACUGUCCCUCAUCUUUGCCAACCAGACAGAGCAGGAUAUCCUGGUGAGAAAGGAGCUUGAAGAAACUUCUAGAACUUACCCCAACCAGUUCAACCUGUGGUACACCCUGGACAGGCCUCCCGCUGGUUGGAAGUACAGCUCAGGCUUCAUUACUGCCGACAUGAUCAAGGAGCACCUGCCUCCUCCUGGGAAGUCCACGCUCAUCCUGGUGUGUGGUCCACCACCCCUGAUCCAGACAGCUGCUCACCCUAACCUGGAGAAACUGGGUUAUACCAAGGACAUGAUUUUUACCUACUAAUGACCCUCAUACUCUUAGCAAAUUUGACUGGUCCCUCUCACCUGUUUCAAAGUGAAUUCAAUUUUGCCAUGUUAAACUAGGAUGUUUUCA